UUGAUCGUUCUCCAAAAAGUCACUGCGUUGGUAUUGCAUAGUAUUGCUAUACUUUGCACUGUCUUCAGGCUCGUUUACAGAUGGUGGCAGCGUCAAUUCUGGUGGGAAGAUGUAUGGGCGGCAUUGGCACUUAUAUCAGACGUUGUUUGCUUGGCAUGGAUAUGGCUCCAGGACUCAACGGGUUGUGAUGGCCCUCACUUCCGUCCCGUGGUGCGCAUCCUACUUCAUUUAGGUACAUUUCCAACUCACUGGUCCAGGGCUGCGCGUAUGAGCGUUAUUGUCUCCAUUAUCCGAGUCGCCAAUCACUCGGACCGCAAGGUUCACAGACAGAUAACUUAUCUCAUCGCUGUAUCCUUCGCGUGCAUGUGGGCCGUGCUGCUCGCGCAGAAAAUUUGCAAGUGCAUUUUCGACUCGUGCUACAUGGGCAAGUCAGUGGCGCUCUCGCAGCUGAUCACGGAUGUGAUCGCGGAUGUUUCUCUUAUUGCUGCACCGAUGCAGCUGUGGAAAAAUGUAGGAUUACCAAAUAGCAGAAGAAUAUUAGUGUUCUCCGCAUUCGGUGCAUCACUACUGAUCACUGCCGUCACUAUCCCCCACACUAUAAUACUCUUCAAGUACGACACACUAGUCACGCUCAUCUUGGUGCAUGUAAAGGCCGCCCUCAGUCUCGUCAUCUGCAACCUCUUAGUCAUCGUUACCUUCACAUACCGCGUAUGCUCGAAGGAAACGUUUGAUUUCGACCAGUCGCCUGGACUCUUCUCGAGCGUCGUCGUGACACAAGUCCCCUUGAGCGCAAAUGCCAGGACAUCACUUUCCGUGCCGGAGGAGAGACGAUUGUCGAUGGUGCAGAUUGGGACGACAAAGUCGAAGAUGGAAGAUUCAAGGGUACUCUUUACCGAAGAGGGUACUAGCAUUGAAGGAUAG